CUCCAGCGGCGGCGCCUCCAGUGCGACGCCAGGCGCCGCCACGCGCUCAUCUCAGCCCGGCUCAGCGCAGCUAACGCCGCCUCUCCAGACAUGGCGCGCAUCGCGGCGGUAUCGCUCGCUGUGUUCAUCGCUGGGGGGUGGCUGGUGGCGUCGAGCGCAGGCAGCUGCGAGAACCGCACCGACCGGCUGGACCAGUGCCUGAAGAAGCUGCCCGGCAUGCUGCAGGACAGCGGCAGCGGGCUGCCCACGUCGCCACACCAGCUGGACAUCUACUGCAGCGCGUUCCAGACCGGCAUGGGCUGCGUGGACGAGUACCUGCAGUGCGCGUCGGUGAGCAGCCGCCGUCUGGUGGAGCAGCAGGUGGAGGGCGCCCGCUACACCUUCCGCUUCCUCUGCGACGACGCACAGUUCCGCGCUGAGUACCUGCAGUACACGGACUGCUACCGCGCCAUCUCGGAUGACUGGACGGAGUGUGCGGACCGCUUCAUGACGCUUGUGAAUGAGGACACGGCCGCGCUCAAGGACAGGCACACCCGCAUGCUGGAACUCUGCUGCGCCAAGCACGGCUUCCUGGUGUGCGUGUACGUGGCGAGCCGGGCGCGCUGCCGGCGCUCCGAGGCGAUGUUCCUGCAGCGCAUCGGCGAGACGCUGUCCAGCCUGCAGGUGUACUCGCCGCUCUGCCGCCAGCUGGGCGUCGCCGUCUGCAGCCGCGCCUCCGCCCCUGGGUCCGACGGCGGCGCCCACCUCGCCGUCGCCUUCGCAGCGGCCGCCGCCUGGGCCGCCGCCAGCGUCCGCAGGCUCUAACAGGUUUUUAGAGACACAGCCGGCAUUUAUACUUUUGACAUGUUACCAACAUCCUCCUGUGAACAAUGGACAUACGCAAAGCGUUUCCGAGAAUAUGCGUUGGACGAAGUGUGAGAAGUCUGAGGGAAAAUGGCACCCGCUCGAAAGAGAUUCGUUUCGUCAAGAAGAGUCGUCUUUUCGCUGUUGUGCUAGCACGACGUGUUGGUCUCACAUUGGUCUGGAGAUGAACGAUGGCUGCCGAACGCACAAGACACCGGCUGACCGAUAUCGGCGCUCACUUUCAAAGUGCCCUGUCCCAAUUUUAAUUCUAUCUACUGUAAAGCGAAAUGUUUUACAUCUAUCAUUGUAAUUUACUAUUUAUAAACUUAGAAAACUGUCACGUCACAUGUACCAAUUCCUAAAUCUGUUAAACAAAAUAAUCACUGGGUAAUCAUCAUUGCUAUGUGAAGUAGAAACAGUAGGGCUAUAGUUUUCGACAAGCUGCUCUGUUAACUCCUUUGUAAUCAUACGAGACUGCGCCGAAAAGACAGCCUCAUUAAUAAGUGUCAUUAAAUUUUCGUAAAUUACAGUCGCAUGCACGUGUUAGAAACAGUUAGCAGAAGAGGCAAUGCUGUCACGUCAUAACCGACGAAAACGUUUUAUUUAUUGUUUCCCAGAAAUUCAUAUCGUUCUCGCCGUAUUUGUUUUGUAAUUAUGGACUGCGAAUGUAGACAAUCUCUGUCCCCUGUAUGACUGUAUGCACACGUGCCACGUUUUUAUUGUAUAAUUACAAGUGAGAUAAUACACUCCCUUUACUUAAAUUUUAUCGCAAAUUCUUCCAGUGCAUUUUAUGAAAAUUCUAUUCAGAACGUUUCUUUCAUUUAUUUGAUAAGGAAGAUAUAUUGUACAAAACAUGUUGACUUGUGUGGCAUGUGUACUGUU